AUGGAGAGAGUUAGAAAUGAGAGUGAAGAUGUUGUACCAAUGAGGGUUCCUAAUGGCAAUGGGAGUCACUUUUUUGUACCGAGGUGCUUCAGAUUCACUCCCGAGGAUGAAGAACUAGUUUCAGAUUUUCUCCACCGCAAAUGCAACUCACUUCCAUUGAUGAUAGAUGUGAUUGCUGAUGUUGAUAUAUACAAGUUCAAUCCGUGGGAGCUCUCUGACAUGUCCAAAUACGGUGAGAAUGAUUGGUACUUCUUCACCCCUAGGGAACGAAAGUACCCUAAUAGUGCAUGUGAGUGGCUCAACCGUUCAGCUGGAAUAGGUUUUUGGAAGACAACUGGACCCGAAAAGAUUAUUGGAAACACAAUCCAAGGUAUCAAAAGGUCAUUGGUUUUUUAUGUAGGAAGAUAUCCUCAGGCGAACAAGACCAAUUGGAUUAUGAAAGAAUAUCGUCUACCCCGUGAAAAUCGAGUUAUCCCUAGUUGCAUCUCUUCUAAGCUUGAUGAAGUGGUGUUGGUUCGAAUCUAUAAUAAGACGGGUCUCAAUGAGAUUUGCUUCCCGCCCGAGAGAAACCGAGCAUCAACAUUGGCCCCAUCCAAUUCUAGGUUUGAGAGUUUCGGAACAACCCAUGGUAAUUCUAUCACGCCUUAA